UGGGCGCGCGCCCCAGCGGCCGGCCAGUUAGGGGCUCCCAGAGCGACGAGACCGCAGUUUCUGGGCGGCCUGGAGGGCGCGCGCUGAUUGGCGGCCCGGGCCAGCGCGCGGACUACGGCGUCCGGCAGGGGGCGGUGGCGGCGGUUGGCCGAGGGUCUGGAGGCGGGGCCGCGGGCCUUAGGGGUUCUGCGAGCCCCGGCGGGCCACGACUCUGCCGGGACAGGGUGCGGGUUGAGGCCAUGGGCGACCGCGGCGGCGCGGGCGGCUCCCGGCGUCGGAGGACGGGUUCACGGCCCUCGAGCCAGGGCGGCGGCGGGCCGGCGGCGGCGGAAGAGGAGGUGCGGGACGUGGGCCCUGGGGGACGCGCCGGCGCGGCGCCGGCCCCGGCCCCCGACAAGGACAAGAACGGAGACUCCGACGUGGGCAGCGGCCACUGGGAUCUGAGGUGCCACCGCCUGCAGGAUUCUUUGUUCAGCUCCGACAGUGGUUUCAGCAACUAUCGUGGGAUCCUGAAUUGGUGUGUGGUCAUGCUGGUGAGUAGGGCCCUAGGCCGGAGGGGGGAGAGUUGGUGGUGGUGGUCCCUGCAGUGGUCACACGCUCAACUCUCAUCCCGGUUGAAUCCCAGAAGCAGCAGGUCACUUACAUCCUCAGUGGCCAAUGUCUUUGCUGUGGCUGCGUUCCAGGUGGAGAAGCGCCUGGCAGUGGGUGCCCUGACGGAGCAGGCAGGGCUGCUGCUGCACGUGGUCAACCUCACCAUUCUCUGCUUCCCGGCGGCCGUGGCCUUGCUGCUUGAGUCCAUCACUCCAGUGGGCUCCGUGCUGGCUCUGAUGGCGUACACCAUCCUCUUCCUCAAGCUGUUCUCCUACCGGGAUGUCAACUUGUGGUGCCGAGAGCGAAGGGCCAAGGCCAAGGCCAAGGCCGCUCCCGCAGGUAAGAAGGCCAACGGGGGAGCUGCCCAGCGCGCUGUGAGCUACCCAGACAACCUGACCUACCGUGACUUGUACUACUUUCUCUGUGCCCCGACUCUGUGCUACGAGCUCAACUUUCCCCGCUCUCCCCGAAUCCGAAAGCGCUUCUUGCUGCGGCGGCUCCUUGAGAUGCUGUUUUUGACUCAGCUCCAGGUGGGGCUGAUCCAGCAGUGGAUGGUCCCCACCAUCCAGAACUCCAUGAAACCAUUCAAGGAUAUGGAUUACUCACGCAUCAUCGAGCGCCUCCUGAAGUUGGCGGUCCCCAAUCACCUCAUCUGGCUCAUCUUCUUCUACUGGUUCUUCCACUCCUGCAUGAACGCUGUGGCUGAGCUCAUGCAGUUUGGAGACCGGGAGUUCUACCGGGACUGGUGGAACUCUGAGUCUGUCACCUACUUCUGGCAGAACUGGAAUAUCCCUGUGCACAAGUGGUGCCUCAGACACUUCUACAAGCCCAUGCUUCGACGGGGCAGCAGCAAGUGGGUGGCCAGGACAGGGGUGUUCUUCGCCUCGGCUUUCUUCCACGAGUACCUGGUGAGCAUCCCGCUGCACAUGUUCCGGCUCUGGGCCUUCACGGGCAUGAUGGCUCAGAUCCCCCUGGCCUGGAUAGUGAGCCGCUUCUUCCAGGGUAACUACGGCAACGCAGCGGUGUGGCUGACGCUCAUCAUCGGGCAGCCGGUGGCCGUGCUCAUGUACGUCCACGACUACUACGUGCUCAACUAUGAGGCCCCCGUGGCGGGGGCCUGAGCUGCUCCAGGGCUGGGCCUCACUGCCACCUCCUCACCUCACUGCCCACGGCCAGAGCCUGCCCCCCACCUGUGUGCUGUGGAGGGGGUGUGGCUGUCCAUUGCCUCCUCCCAGUCCCCCAGAAGGCUUCUCUGCCCCUAUGGGGCUCCUUCCUGCCCUGCUCAGGGAUGGCAGACCAGGCACAGGCCAGUGUCCCAGGAACCUGUGCCGAUCCUGCCCUGGGGUCUGAGGGGAUCAAUAAAGUGCUGUCCAGAGUGGCUGCCCUCAGCCUGCUGGGGUUGUGGGGUGCUAGUGGUGCUCCCGGGAGGGGGAUCUGAGUCCCAACGGCCUUACGGUGCCUGUACCUUCUGGGGGUGCUGUGUCCUGGCCAAGAGGGGGAGGAUGGCCACGGUGCCGGUGAGGCCGCCGCCUCCCCCCCAGCACUCCUCUCUGCAUCACAGGUGGCAACCACCCUGCCCAGCAAGGCCCAGCUGAGGUCAUGUCCUGUCCCGCCACUGCCCUUGUUCAUCUUGUGCGGGCAUGCGUGUUGGGGGGGAGCAGCUCAGAGCUCCGCGGUCCCUGUGCUGGGGUCUUGGAAGAGGGUGCCCAAGAACUUGCCAGCAGGGGACCUUGGCUUGGGGCAGUGGCUGGAGUCUGGUGUGUGUAUGAGGGUCAAGAAUCAGAACCAGUGGCCAGGCUGGCA